AAAGGGGCUCCUGGGAAGAGGAAAACCUUGGAAGACGAUUCCCCGUUGGAAGGGAAGCAGGAUUUGGUUGUCCACGAUGAGUACGAGGAAGACAGCUCGGAUGAGGAGGACAUCCGGAACACGGUGGGGAACAUUCCCAUGGAAUGGUACCAGGAUUUCCCGCACAUCGGGUACGACCUGGACGGGAAGAGGAUCUACAAACCCCUGAGGAGCAAGGAUGAGCUGGACCUCUUCCUGGAGAAGAUGGAAAACCCGGAAUACUGGCGCACGGUGCAGGACCGGCAGACGGGGGCGGACGUGGCUCUGUCGGACGAGCAGCUGGAGCUGGUGCGGCGCCUGCAGCGCGGGCACUUCGGGGACGUCAACUUCGACCCCUACGAGCCGUCCGUGGAUUUCUUCAGCCACGAAGUGCGGAUCCACCCGGUGACCAACCGGCCCGCCGACAAACGGAGCUUCAUCCCUUCCCUGGUGGAGAAGGAAAAGGUCUCCAAGCUGGUCCACGCCAUCAAGAUGGGCUGGAUCCAGCCCCGGAAGCCCAAGGAAAACGUUCCCACUUUUUACGACCUGUGGGCGCGGGAGGAUCCCAACUCCGUGCUGGGCCGGCACAAGAUGCACGUCCCCGCUCCCAAACUCCCGCUGCCAGGCCACGCGGAAUCCUACAACCCGCCCCCGGAAUUCCUGCUCACCCCCGAGGAGAAGCUGGCCUGGGAGCAGCAGGAGCCGGCCGAGCGGCGCCUGAGCUUCAUCCCGCAGAAAUUCCCGAGCCUGCGCGCCGUGCCCGCCUACUCCCGCUUCAUCCACGAGCGCUUCGAGCGCUGCCUCGACCUCUACCUCUGCCCCCGACAGCGCAAGAUGCGGGUCAACGUGGAUCCCGAGGAUCUCAUUCCCAAACUUCCCAGGCCGCGGGAUCUGCAGCCCUUCCCCACCACCCAGGCCCUGAUUUACCGCGGCCAUUCCAGCCUGGUGCGGACCCUGAGCGUCUCCCCCAGCGGGCAGUGGUUGGUGUCAGGCUCCGACGACGGCACGGUGCGGUUCUGGGAGGUGAGCACGGCGCGCUGCCUCCGCACAAUUCCCGUCGGAUCCGUGGUCAAGAGCGUGGCCUGGAACCCCAAUCCCAGCAUCUGCCUGGUGGCCGUGGCCGUGGAUGAGCAGGUGCUCCUGGUGAACCCGGGCCUCGGGGACCGGCUGCUGGUGGCAGCCACGGAUCAGCUCCUGGAUUCCUGGGAAGCUCCGGAGGAGGAGCGGAUCCAGCCGGUCCGGUGGAUCCCGGCCAGCCCCGAGGAGCGCGGGAAGGGGAUCCGGCUGCUGGUGCAGCACAGCAAGCCGGUGAUGCAGGUGACGUGGCACGGCAAGGGCGACUACUGGGCCUCGGUGGUGCGGAACCCCGGCAGCCGGCAGGUGCUGAUCCACCAGAGCAGCCGGCGCUGGAGCCAGGAUCCCUUCCGGAAGAGCCCGGGCAUGAUCCAGUGCGUGCAGUUCCACCCGCUCCGCCCCUACUUCCUGGUGGCUUCCCAGCGAUCCGUGCGCAUCUACAACCUGCUCCGCCAGGAGCUCACCAAGAAACUCCAGAGCAACUGCCAGUGGAUCUCCAGCAUGGCCGUGCACCCCGGAGGGGACAACGUGAUCUGCGGGAGCUACGACAGCAAGCUGGCCUGGUUUGACCUGGACCUGUCCACGCGGCCCUACCGGCUGCUGCGGCACCAUCGGCGCGCCGUGCGCUCGGUGGCGUUCCACCGGCGCUACCCGCUCUUCGCCUCCGGCUCCGACGACGGCUCCGUCAUCGUCUGCCACGGCAUGGUCUACAAUGACCUGCUGCAGAACGCGCUGCUGGUGCCGCUCAAGGUGCUCAAGGGCCACGCGCCCGCCCUCGACCUCGGCGUCCUCGACGUCGCCUUCCACCCCCAGCAGCCCUGGCUCUUCUCCUCGGGAGCCGACGGCACCGUGCGCCUCUACACCUGACCCUGAUCCAUCGGGAUCCACCCGGAUCCACCCCCAGCAGCCCUGGCUCUUCUCCUCGGGAGCCGACGGCACCGUGCGCCUCUACACCUGACCAUGAUCCACCGGGAUCCACCCGGAUCCACCCCCAGCAGCCCUGGCUCUUCUCCUCGGGAGCCGACGGCACCGUGCGCCUCUACACCUGACCCUGAUCCAUCGGGAUCCACCCGGAUCCACCCCCAGCAGCCCUGGCUCUUCUCCUCGGGAGCCGACGGCACCGUGCGCCUCUACACCUGACCCUGAUCCACCGGGAUCCACCCGGAUCCACCGGGAUCCACCCCCAGCAGCCCUGGCUCUUCUCCUCGGGAGCCGACGGCACCGUGCGC